CAUGCUAAGCCAUGAAUCUUAAUGUAAAUGGAGCAACCACCAUACAUUGAAGAUGACCCGACAACAAACUCUCCAGAGGCAGCCACCGCCAAAACCCACCAAAAUUCUGAGACUCCACGGGGCAGCGGCACUCGAAAUCCUGUCUAUCGCGGUGUCCGAAAACGGAGCUGGGGGAAAUGGGUGUCUGAAAUUAGAGAGCCACGCAAGAAAUCACGUAUCUGGCUAGGCUCAUUUCCUGUGCCAGAAAUGGCAGCCAAGGCAUAUGAUGUGGCAGCGUAUUGUCUUAAAGGUUGUAAAGCGCAACUUAAUUUUCCCGACGAAGUGGAUGACUUGCCUAGACCGUCCACGUGUACGGCCAGAGACAUCCAAGCAGCAGCAGCAAAGGCAGCACAUUCAGUGCUGCUUCCAACGAAAAAGAGCAUCGAAACAAAUAGUGAUAAUAGUGUUGACGGAGAAGUUGCCGAUGAUGAUUUCUGGGGCGAGAUAGAAUUGCCGGAAUUGUUGACGAGUAACAGUGGGUGCUGUUGGAAUUCUUGUGGAUGGAGUAAUACUUUUGCAAGUGAUAGUUCAACGUGGCAGCAGGAUGGAGAGGGUCUACCACAGUUCAUGGCAUGUCUUUAUUAGUGUGCAUAGCUUCUAGGCAAGUAUCAAAUCUUCAAGUACUUUAAAAUUGGUCGGUUAAUAUCCCUACAUAGAUGAACUGGAUAGUAAUUUUUCUCGUUUCGGGUGUGGAAUCAAAACAGCCAGUUUACAAGCUCUAAUAAUUUUUCAGAAAUGCGGCCACUCCCAAAUUAACACACCCCAGAUCAAGGUAUUCCGCCGCCUACUUGGUGGAUGUUAUGGAGGAUUCACCUUCCAUGCAAGUUAUUUAUUUAAAUCAUCUCAUUGCGAAUAA